AUGUCUGUGAGGGCUAUAAUUAUGAAAGAAUGUAAAAUGGAACAAACUAAUAAUGUGUGGAUUGGAAGCGAAUCUAUAUUAGUGAGUGCAAUUUCACUUUCUAAUAAUUCAAGUAUUCAAGUUAUUGGAAAUAUUCAAGCCAAAUUUGAAUCUAUGAACUUUUCAGAUAAUGUUGAACCUCUCUCAUUCCAACAAGUCAACGAUUUAUCAAUUGAAAGCUGUAUAUUUGAAAGAAAUAGAAAUGCCCUGUCAAUUAAUAAUAAUGGAAAACAGAAACUUGAUAGUGAACGUAUUAGGAUCAUUGAAUGCACGUUUAGAGACAAUUGGUCUAAUCAAGGAGGUGCGCUCUAUUUGAAUGAAGCAAAACUUACAACUGCUAAUUGUCUAUUUAUCAAUAAUAAGGCAUCUAAUGGAGGUGCUAUUUAUUCUGAAAGGUCUUUUAUUACAGAUAGAUUUUCAAAAUUCAUUUCCAAUCAAGCUAUUGGAAACUUUGAAGGAUGUUUGAGUGUUAAGGAUUGUGGAAAUGGUGGUGCCAUUUAUUCCUCAAACAGCUUUUUCUACUUUUCAGGAUCUAAUUUUGAGUACAACUUGGCUGUUAAGGGAGGUGCUUGUUAUGGGGAAGUUAGAGUUUUUCAAACAAGUAAUAUUGGAAACGAUGCUACUUAUUCAGGGAAUUUCAUAUAUUUUCCACAGGAUAAUCGAUUUUUGAAAAGUUGUGUAGUUUCAUCUGAUGGUGCAUUAUCUGGACAGUGUGGUUCUAGUCACAUCCAACAAGUGUUGUGGAAAACGUCAAAUUCUAAAAGCAUUUAUUCUUCCACCAGCAAUACAAUUCCAAAACUAUCUCUCUAUCCAGGUCAGCAAAUAACAUUAGAAAUUAUUCAAAUAAUUGAUGAGUUCAACAAUACUCUUACAUCACUCCAAGCAUUACCUGUUGUUUCUUCCAUUAAUUCAAAAUCUUCGAUUAUUAUCAUGCACGAGAAGGAAGCCAACAAUACCAUUAUGAAUUUAUCAUUUGAAUGGUGUGAAGGAGAAAGCAAUUUUAAUAUUCAAGUUUCGUUAUCAGAAUUUCUCUACAACUUUGAAAUUGGAAUUAAUGUGGAGAAGUGCCCAUUCGAUUUUGGAUAUGAAGGUUUACCAACAAGUAGAGUUUGUAAAUUCAAGAAUUAUUCAGCCAUUGCUGUUUCAACAAUAUUUGGAGUGAUAUUGCUGUUAAUCUUAUUGGGAUUUGGAGCUUUUUUGACUACUCAGAUUGGAAAAAGAUUAUUUAGACUCCACAAAAAGGAUAAACGUGAAUCCCAAAUUGCUAAAAAGAUUAUUGACAAGAAGUUUGUAUUUGGAGAGAUUUCAACCCCGCUCUUGACAAAUAUUCAGACGAAAUCUUCCAAUAAUUUGUUAAUUCCAAUUGAAGAUAUUGAAAUAAGCAAGAGAAUUGGUGAAGGAAGUCAUGGUAGUGUAUACUUAGCUCAAUGGAAUGGUAUUAAUGUUGCUGUGAAGAGCUUGAAAACAGAUGAUGAAUUACUUGAGGAUGAAUUUGAGCAUGAAGCAAGUUUAUUGAAUAGUCUUAGACAUCCAGCUAUUGUUCGAUUAUUUGGAAUAUCUAUCAGCUCAAAUACAAGAUAUAUGGUUGUGGAAUAUUUGGAAAAUGGGAGUUUGGAAACUGCAAUUGCCAACUCUAAAUCAGGACGAAAAAAGUUGAAUUUAAAGGAAAAGAUUGAAAUUUUAUCGGGAGUAUCCAAAGGAAUGGACUAUUUACACUCAUUGAAGCCAUUAUCUUUAAUUCACAGAGAUCUUAAAUGUGGAAAUGUUUUGCUGGACGCCAAUUUGAAACCUAAAAUUUGUGAUUUUGGUUUGUCCAAGUUGACCUCAAAUAGUGGAAGUUUCUCAAUGACAAUGAAUUUAGGUACCAUUCUAUAUAUGGCUCCAGAAUUAAUUGGAAGUGGACAAGAAAUUGGAAAUGCACUCGAUGUGUACAGUUACAGUAUCAUUAUGUAUGAACUAUUCUUUGAGGAGAAACCAUUUUUUUCCAAUUCUCCUAAAAUUCACAAAUUUUCUCAAUCACCACAUCAAGAUUCACUUGCAUUAUCCGUUCCAGUGAUGGUGGUGAGGGGUGAACGUCCUAAAAUUCCCUGGAAUAACAAUGAAGAAUUGGAGGUGUGGUUGAGAGAGUUUAUUGAACCAUUUGAGAAGAAAAAUUCUCUAGAUCAUGAAACUGUUUGUAACGUGUGUAGUGAUUAUGUGGAAUUGAUGAAGCAAUGUUGGAAUUCCAUUCCAAGUAAGAGGCCUUCCUUCAGAGAAAUAACACAGUAUUUGGAAAAAAUUUAUUCAAAACUCAAAUAA